GUCAAAUGUGGUCAAAACGUCAAAACAUUAGAAUAUGCAAAAGGAAAAAUAUAUGUAUUAGUUUAGUUAAAUGUAAAGGAAAUAGUGUAAUAUUAUUUAAGGAAUAUACAUAAGUCUUAUGAUUACUAAAAAUGCCUAAAGAACAAUAUCGCGAAACAUAUGUUGGGAGAAAGAUUUCUCACGUCACAUUUAAUGUGGACAGUGCUUCCAAUAUUCAACAAGCGGCUCAUAUUCAAGUCAUUACGAAGAACUUAUACGCUCAGGAUGGGCAAAGAGUUCCCGCCGUUUAUGGCGUACUGGACAGACGAAUGGGUACAAAUCAGAAGCAUGCAGACUGUGAGACAUGUGGCCUUGGUUUGGCGGAGUGUGUGGGUCACUAUGGGUACAUAGAGCUGGCAUUACCUGUGUUCCAUGUUGGAUAUUUUCGUUCCAUCAUUACCAUUCUGCAGACUAUAUGCAAGGAUUGUGCGAAAGUAAUGUUACCGGAAAAAAUAAAGAAAUCAUUCAGACGUAAAUUCAAUAAUCCGGAACUUUCCUAUUUGCAUAAGAAGACUUUAAGAGCAGCUGUAUUAAAGAAAGCUAAAACUUGUAACAAAUGUAUGUACUGUGAAUCAUUGAAUGGAAUUGUUAAGAAAAGUUCUACUGGAAUAUUGAAGAUCAUACACGACAAGUAUCGGAAUAAGAAAUCAUUGGAUCCUAUAGUUGUGAAUGUGCUUAAAGAUUUUCAUGAAGCUAAGGAACAGAAUAAAGAGGUUGCAGCAAUGAUUAACAGCGGACUUAUUAUUGAAUUAACUCCAUUAGAGGUAUUGAAUUUAUUUCGACGUAUCCCCGAUGAGGACAUCCCCCUCCUCGGUAUGAAUGUGAAAGCUUGCCGGCCGGAGGAUCUGAUACUGACGCGGCUGCCGGUGCCGCCGCUUUGCAUACGGCCUAGUGUUAUCUCUGAUAUUAAAGCUGGCACUAACGAAGACGAUCUAACAAUGAAGCAAUCAGAGAUAUUGUUGAUAAACGACGUGAUAGGCCGCCACAUCGCCAGCGGCGGCAAGAGCGAGCUGCUGCAGGAGGACUGGGACUACCUGCAGCUGCACGUCGCGCUCUACAUCAACAGCGAGAUGUCAGGCAUACCCAUGUCUAUGCAGCCUAAAAAACCUGGUCGUGGAUUAGUACAACGUUUAAAAGGCAAGCAGGGACGCUUCCGCGGUAACUUGUCAGGAAAGCGCGUGGAUUUCUCUAGUCGUACUGUGAUCUCCCCUGAUCCUAAUUUGCAGAUACAAGAGGUAGGUGUACCAGUGCAUGUGGCUAAAGUGCUGACGUACCCCGAGCGCGUGUUCCCCGCCAACAUCCAGUGGCUGCGCCAGCUCGUGUGCAACGGGCCCGACGUGCACCCCGGCGCCAACUACGUGCAGCAGCGCGGCCUGCGGCACAAGAAAUACCUCAAAUACGGCAACAGGGAGAAAAUCGCACACGAACUUAAGUGCGGGGACAUAGUGGAGCGGCACCUGGUGGACGGCGACGUGGUGCUGUUCAACCGGCAGCCGUCGCUGCACAAGCUGUCCAUCAUGUGCCACCGCGCGCGCGUGCAGCCGCAGAGGACCUUCCGUUUCAACGAGUGCGUGUGCACGCCGUACAACGCGGACUUCGACGGCGACGAGAUGAACAUGCACCUGCCGCAGACGGAGGAGGCGCGCGCGGAGGCGCUCAUACUUAUGGGGAACAAAUCCAACUUGGUAACUCCUCGUAACGGAGAGCUGCUGAUAGCGGCGACGCAGGACUUCAUCACGGGCGGGUACCUCAUCACGCAGCGGGACACCUUCCUCAGCAAGGCGGAGGCGCAGCAGCUGGCCAGCUGCCUGCUGGCGGGACCUGACAGCACCAUGAGGAUCGACAUGCCUCCGCCAGCUAUACUGAAGCCGAGGGUGCUCUGGACUGGGAAACAGAUAUUCAGUUUAAUAAUGAAACCUAACAAGCAAUGCGAAGUAAAAGCCAAUCUAGAAGUGAAAGGCAAGAAUUACACCAGCAACCAAGAUAUGUGCAUCCAGGAUUCUUAUGUUAUAAUAAGAAAUUCCGAGCUUCUUUGCGGAUCAAUGGAUAAGAGCACAUUAGGUUCUGGAACUAAGACCAGCAUCUUCUACAUCCUGCUGCGGGAUUGGGGCGAGGAGUACGCUGUCAGGGGCAUGUGGAGGUUAGCUCGCAUGGCAUCGUAUUAUAUGAUGAACAGAGGCUUUAGUUUUGGCAUUAUCGACGUGACGCCGGGGAAAAAACUUAUAGAAGCUAAGAACAAACUACUAGAAUCAGGGUAUUCAAAGUGCGAUGGCUACAUCCUGGAGAUGGAGAAGGGCACGCUGCAGUGCCAGCCGGGCUGCACCGUGGAGGAGACCCUGGAGGCUGUCAUGCUCAGCGAGCUUAGCAGCAUCAGAGAGUUAGCAGCUAAAGCGUGUUUCCGUGAAUUACAUCCGACCAAUGCACCGCUUAUUAUGGCCCAGAGCGGAUCUAAAGGUUCCAACAUCAACAUAUCUCAGAUGAUAGCGUGCGUGGGUCAGCAGGCGCUGAACGGCAAGCGAGUGCCCAACGGCUUCGAGGACCGCUCGCUGCCGCACUUUGAGAGACAUUCAAAGAUUCCUGCAGCGCGUGGUUUCGUGGAGAACAGUUUCUACUCAGGUUUAACUCCUACUGAGUUCUUCUUCCACACGAUGGGAGGUCGCGAGGGUCUGGUGGACACUGCUGUUAAAACUGCGGAAACCGGAUACCUGCAGAGAAGACUGGUUAAGUCCUUAGAGGAUCUGGUGCUGCAGUAUGAUAUGACAGUCCGCAACGCGACGGGCGAAGUAGUUCAGUUCCGCUACGGCAGUGACGGGCUGGACCCCAGCUGUAUGGAGGGCAAGGACCGGCCGGUGGACCUCGCGCGGGUACUCAACCACGUGCGCGCGCAGUGCCAUGCUCGUGAAGAGGAGCCGCUGGACGGGGACGGUAUCGUGGUGGCUGCGGAGGAGACCCUUGCGCUGGAUGACUUCAAGACCUGUCCUGAAUAUUUCAAAAAGGAAUUACUCGCGUUCCUGAGUUCGUUGGCGAGCAAGGUGCGCGCGCUGCGGCGGCGGCACGGGGGGAUGGAUAGCACAGGUACAUACGAGUUAACGAAUAUACCGACACUAAAUGUUUCGAUAUGUACCUAUCAGAGUAUAGGCGAGCCGGGCACACAGAUGACUCUAAAGACGUUCCACUUCGCGGGCGUGGCGUCCAUGAACAUAACGCAGGGCGUGCCGCGAGUUAAGGAGAUCAUCAACGCGUCGCGCGUCAUCUCCACACCCAUCAUCACGGCGGAGCUCGCCAGCCCGCACGACCAGGAGUUCGCCAGGAGGGUCAAGGGACGGCUGGAGAAGACCACCCUUGGGGAAAUAACGACGUACAUAGACGAGGUUUACCUGCCCAGCGAGUGCUUCCUGCUGAUCCGACUGGACGCGGAGCGCAUCAAGCUGCUCAGUCUCGAGGUCAACGUGCACACUAUCAUAUACUCUAUCUGCACUUCAAAAAUAAAAGUGAAGCCUUCCAACGUGUCUGCGGUGUCGGAGUGGGCGGUGAAGGUGCGCGGCGAGGCGGCGCGCGGCCUCAACGCGGCGCUGCAGCAGCUCGCGCGGCAGCUGCCCGCCGUCGUGGUGCAGGGCCUGCCCAAAGUCUCCAGGGCGGUCAUCGCUUGUGAUGACACUAAGGGCACCAACAGAUACAAACUGUGCGUCGAAGGAGACGGUCUGAGGGAUGUCAUAGCUACGUUUGGCGUAGACGGAACUAAGACAACGUCGAAUAAUAUUCUAGAGGUGUACAACACGCUGGGCAUCGAGGCGGCGAAGUCGACUAUCAUCAGCGAGAUCCAGGGUGUGAUGGCGGGGCACGGCAUGGCGGUGGACCGGCGCCACGUGGAGCUGCUGGCGGCGCAGAUGACGGCGCGCGGGGAAGUCCUCGGCAUCACCAGAUACGGAUUGGCAAGGAUGAAGGAAUCCGUGCUUAAUCUCGCCAGUUUCGAAAAAACUGCGGACCAUUUAUUCGACGCGGCGUACUACGGGCAGCGGGACUCGAUAGAGGGCGUGUCGGAGUCCAUUAUAGUGGGCGUGCCCGCAGCCAUCGGCACCGGCUGUCUGCAGCUGCUGCACCGACACCAACACGCUGAACACGCUGAACACAAACACGCUGAACACGUCAAGCACGCUGAACACGCUCAUACUGAACACAAACACGCUGAACACGCCGCGCCUCAAACACGGCCUUUACUCUUUGAUGAUCCACAAUAUCAUACUUCAAUAUGGGAGUAAAUUGUGUUAUUCUUAAUUUAAAUAUAUGUUUGGAAAA